UUGCAAUAUUUGUUCUUUUUUUUUUGUUUUUUAUUGCUAACAAAAACUCUUGUAAUUCAUUUUGCAACUUUAAACGAUUUACUCACGCACUUUUCAACCUCAAUCAGUAUUUGGUGUUGGCUUUUACUGUCUACACUUCGUUACCUUUCAAUACAUCAUCCAUUUUUGUAUAUUCGUAUAUGGUAUUUACCACUUCGAAUGUUAUCUGUUGUUGUUGUUGUUGGAUUUUUGACAAAUCUAUGUUUUGUGUUGCAGGACAAAAGCUGUAUAGCUGAAGACUUCUUUAGCACAUCAGUUGUCAAGCAAACAUUUCUGCUGAUUGAAAUGAGUUGGUCCUUCUGUAUUCCAUCUGCCAUCAUCAUUUUUGCUGACGCAUCAGCAUUAUGGUGUUGGAUUAAGCUGACAAAAAUUGAAAAAAAUUCAAGAGCUUAUAUGGGAGAUUUGAGAAGGAACUGCUCCUCAAGAAGUAAGACGGUAAGUAUACGCUUACAAAUCUGGCAAAAAAAGUAUAUUAUUUCUAAACGAUCUGUGUGGAGAUGGCUUUUUUUGGCACUUGUAGACGUCGUUCUUAACGCUCCAGAAAACAUUUUUCGUUUUUGUACAAUAGUUGGUAUUAUUGAUGAAACGAAUUCUGAUACACUAACUUACUAUAUGCUCAGGGUAUUUUCCCAGGUCAAUUUUUUUACUCUUUAUCAUUCUUGUUCUUUGGCACCAGAUUAA